AUGGAGAUGGGUGGAGAGGGGAUGGGGACAUUGUCACCCCUUUCCGUCCUGGGCUCUGUGACCUGCCCCCCUCUGACCCACCCCAACCGUGCUGCCCUCUGCUUAUCCCUCACAACCCAGCAUCAGUCCCUCUUCCUCCAGGAAGCCCUCCCUCCACAUUCAGAGCUACACCCUGAUAGCCCGAGUCUUACUGCUUUGUAUACAGAUGGUUUGACAGAUGGUUCUAAUUUAACCAUUACAUAUAUAUUAAUCUGUCCCAGGACGUGGGUCUGUGCCUCUGGGGAAGGAAGAAUCCUGUGUUUCUCUGAAUCAAAUCACGGAGUGUUGAUUGUCAAUAACUGGCAAUUUCGGGGAAGACUCAUGUAG